AUGGAUGAACUGAGACUACAGGCUGCAUCUCACAGUGCAGUGAAGGACAGCUGUAUUCUUCUGAUCACGGAGACCUGGCUGCAUCCAGACGUAGCCGACUCUGCCAUCGAGCUAACAGGCUACACAGUACAGCGCCACGACAGAACGAAAGACUCCGGUAAAAGCAGAGGAGGGGGGCUCUGUGUGUACGUGAACAACACCUGGUGUACUAACACAGCGACUGUCACCAGCCACUGCUCCCCAGACCUGGAGUAUGUGACUGUUAGAUGCAGACCAAUAUACCUCCCCAGAGAGUUCACCGUAGUCAUGAUAACCGCUGUUUACAUACCACCGGAUGCUAAUGCUAAAACAGCUAUUGCACUUUUGCAUGGCAGCAGUAGCCAUCUGCAGAGCAUCUAUCCAGAUGCUGUGCACAUCAUAGCGGGGGACUUCAACCAUGCUGACUUGAAGACGGCGCUCCCCAAAUUCCACCAGCAUGUAAAGUGUGCUACAAGAAAGGCUAACACUCUGGACAAAGUCUACUCCAACAUCAAGCUAGGCUACAGGGCUAGACCACUUCCACACCUGGGUCAGUCCGAUCACCUGUCCCUGCAUUUAAUUCCUGCCUAUGCGCCCCUCAGGAAAACUGCUCCAACCAUCACCAAAACCAUCAAAUCUUGGCCCGAGGAUGCGUCAAAGCAGCUGCAGGACUGUUUCGACAGGACAAACUGGGAUGUUUUUGAACAUCAGGACCUGGAGGUUUUUACAGACAGUGUACUGUGUUAUAUCAAGAACUGUAUUGACACUGUAGCUGUGGAUAAACGCAUCCGGGUCUUCCCAAACCGGAAGCCCUGGAUGACUCAGGAGGUCCAGCGACUGCUAAAGACCAGGAAUACUGCCUUCAGGUCUGGGGACAGGACCGUCUACAGUACAGCCCGAGCUAACUUGAAGAGAGGCAUCAGAAUGGCUAAGUCCGACUACAGGAGGAGGAUAGAGGGCUAUCUUGACAGCAACAACAGCAGGCAGGUGUGGCAGGGAAUCCAGCAUUUCACCAACUACAGGACCAACUUCGCAGUUGCGGAAGGCGACGCCACGCUGGCAGAGGAGCUGAACCUCUUCUUUGCCCGCUUCGAGGUGAAGCCAACAGAGGCAGCCACACUACAUCAAGUGACCCAGAACACCACACUCCUCGUUGUAGAGGAGCACGAGGUGAGGCGCACACUGCGGGCCGUCAACCCAAGGAAGGCUGCUGGGCCUGAUGGCGUCCCUGGACGUGUCCUGAAAGAUUGCGCUGAUCAGCUGGCUGGAGUCUUCACCAGGAUCUUCAACCAGUCCCUAGCCCUGUCUACAGUCCCAUCCUGCCUGAAAUCUUCCACCAUAGUCCCCAUACCCAAGAAAGCUCACAUCUCUAGCCUCAACGACUACCGGCCAGUGGCACUAACCCCUGUGGUGAUGAAGUGUUUUGAAAAACUGGUCCGGGGUCACAUCACAGCACUUCUCCCUCCUGGCUUUGACCCCCACCAGUUCGCCUACAGAACCAACAGAUCCACAGAGGACGCUGUGACCACAGCCCUCCAUGCUGCUCUGUCACAUCUGGAGCGGCAGGGGAGCUAUGUGCGGAUGCUCUUUGUGGACUACAGCUCUGCUUUCAAUACCAUCCUCCCUCACAGACUGAUUCUGUGUAUUUCUUUGUGUUACUCUCUUCAGGAACGUCUUCUUUUGUCUCUACUGCCAGCUCACAUUGCUCGUGUAAUGAAAGCUGAGAUCAUUCAGAGGCUGAAGGGACCGAACUUUGGCCAGAUUGAGAACACAAACAACUUUCACAACCUCUACGUCCAGAGGCACACCAACGUCAGCAUCCUUUAUGCAGAUAUAGUUGGAUUCACACGCCUGGCCAGUGACUGCUCACCGGGAGAACUGGUGCACAUGCUGAAUGAGCUGUUUGGCAAAUUUGAUCAAAUUGCAAAGGAAAAUGAAUGUAUGCGAAUCAAAAUUCUUGGCGACUGUUACUACUGUGUCUCUGGGCUCCCGGAGUCUUUGCCAAACCACGCUAAAAACUGUGUGAAAAUGGGUCUGGACAUGUGUGAAGCCAUCAAAAAAGUACGAGAUGCUACAGGUGUCGACAUCAACAUGCGUGUGGGCGUGCAUUCAGGAAAUGUCCUGUGUGGCGUUAUUGGACUUCAAAAAUGGCAGUAUGAUGUUUGGUCACAUGACGUUACACUGGCCAAUCAUAUGGAGGCAGGAGGUGUACCAGGGCGCGUUCACAUCACAUCAGUGACGCUGGAGCACCUUAAUGGUGCUUAUAAGGUCGAGGAUGGAGAUGGACAGGAGAGAGACCCUUACCUAAAGGAACAUGGUGUCGUCACUUAUCUUGUCAUCAACCCAAAGGUGGAGCGUCGGAGCCCGCAGCAUUAUUAUCGGCCCAGACACACUCUGGAUGGAGCUAAAAUGAGAGCCUCAGUCAGGAUGACCCGCUACCUGGAGUCGUGGGGAGCAGCCAAGCCCUUUGCUAACCUGCACCACAGAGACAGCAUGACAAACGAGAAUGGCAAGAUUAGCACCUCUGUCGUGCCGAAGGGACAGUAUCAUUUCCAGAGUAGACCGGAACGGACAAAGUCUCAGAAGAAACGGUUUGAAGAGGAAUUCAAUGAACGGAUGAUCAGGACGUUUGACGGAAUAAAUUCGCAAAAACAGUGGCUCAAGUCUGAGGACAUUCAACGAAUAUCGCUGUUUUUUCACAACAGAUCCUUGGAGAAAGAGUACAGAGCAACAACCUUGCCUGCCUUUAAAUACUACGUCACCUGUGCUUGUUUGAUCUUUUUCUGCAUUUUUGUCGUGCAGAUCUUGGUCCUGCCAAAAACGGCCGUUUUGGGAAUAUCAUUUGGGAUGGCCUUCCUCACCCUUUCCUUGAUAAUCUUCAUAUGUUUCGUUGGACACCUAUUGCACUGCAAUAAAAGUGCAUCUACUUCUUGGAUGUGGCUGCUGAGGUCAUCAGUUAUUAUUGCCAACAAGCCUUGGCCCCGCAUCACUCUCACCAUGACAACCACUGCUCUAAUACUCAUAAUGGCAGUCAUCAACAUGUUCUUUUUGGAAGACGACAUAUCACCUCCGGUUCUGCUUUACAACUCCUCUAACGAAACGCUGCUUUACCCUACUGGGCAGCUUAUAAACUUCUCGGGCAAAAACAAUUAUUACCUCCCCUAUUUAAUUUACAGCUGCAUCCUGGGCCUGAUCUCUUGCUCGGUGUUUCUGAGGAUAAACUAUGAGCUGAAGAUGAUUAUAAUGUUGACCGCAGUGGUGAUCUACAACAUUAUUAUUCUACAAACACAUGCCUCUCUGCUGGACGAGUACAGCAGAUUCCUGUACAAGACCGAAAGCAUCGACAGACCAGGAGUUCUCAAGGACCUGAAGACUAUGGGCUCUAUCUCUCUCUUCAUCUUCUUCAUCACACUGCUCGUCCUUGCUAGACAGAAUGAAUAUUACUGUAGGUUGGACUUUCUCUGGAAGAACAAGUUUAAGAGAGAAUGUGAGGAAAUAGAAACGAUGGAGAACCUCAACCGGGUUUUGCUCGAGAACGUCCUGCCUGCACACGUCGCGGAACACUUUUUGGCUCGCAACUGGAAAAAUGAGGAUCUGUACCACCAGUCUUAUGACGUGGUGUGCGUCAUGUUUGCCUCAAUCCCAGACUUUAAAGAGUUCUACACUGAAUCCGACGUCAACAAGGAGGGAUUAGAGUGUCUAAGGCUUCUCAAUGAAAUCAUUGCCGACUUUGAUGAGCUCCUUUCCAAGCCUAAAUUCAGUGGCGUCGAGAAAAUAAAGACCAUCGGCAGCACUUAUAUGGCAGCUACUGGACUGAAUACAUCGUCUGUGACAGAGUUCACUACCCAGGAGGAUGACAGACAGUAUAUGCACUUAGGAACUAUGGUGGAGUUUGCAUUUGCCUUGGUGGGAAAGCUGGAUGUCAUCAACAAACACUCAUUCAAUGACUUUAAACUCAGAGUCGGUAUUAACCACGGUCCAGUGAUCGCUGGAGUCAUUGGAGCUCAGAAACCUCAGUAUGACAUCUGGGGAAACACAGUCAACGUAGCCAGCAGAAUGGAAAGCACUGGAGUCCUGGGGAAAAUACAGGUGACGGAGGAGACAAGUCGCAUCCUUCACAAUCUGGGCUACACGUGCUCUUGCAGAGGGAUCAUCAAUGUCAAAGGCAAAGGAGAGCUCAAAACCUUCUUUGUGCACACAGAGAUGACGCGCUCACUGUCCCAAGGGAACAUCAUGCCGUAAGACUGAAUCAGAGCAUCUGCAUCGAUGCAGGUACAACCAAAGGUCUUUGAUCGGGGGCCAAGGAACUAUCUUCGAAGAGCUUCGGUAAUAAAAACAAGUGCGACUCAGGAAGAAAUCUGACUGACAAAGAAGGAAAAACAGAUUUUACUAUCACUUCGCAAAAUAACUAUGCCACAGAUCUAGUAUUCAUUUAGUCCUUUCCGUAACAGAGGGCGUUUGUUGGACAGCAAUUAGGUGGGAAACGCUACGAUUAUGAUGCAAUUUGAAUGUCACAGCUGAAAAGCAUUCAGGCUUGAUGAAAAAGAAAAGUUUCAGACGUUCCGAACCAGUAAUUGCGUAGCUCUGUGGCGCUUGUCGCAAUCACUGGACACCCACAGAAACCCCCUGCAUUGAUGCCAGCCGCACCACAGCAAGUCUCACUUUUUUCAGGGAACGGGACACUCGGGGGGUUGCAGAAUAACAUGUUUGGAAAACUCCAAAGCACUUUCACGGAAAAUGCAUCAGCGGAAUUUUUAAAGGACUGACGGCACCACAAACACCGGCUUGUCGCUGGUGUUAUGAAUGUAAAUUUUUGCUCCUCUUAGAAGUAUUUUGAAAUGCUACAAAUCAAGCAUUAAAAAGAAGAAGCAGCAGAAGUCCACUUCAAGGAUGAGGCUUGUCUUUAAACAGAAGAAGGCAACACGGUUUACAAUGGAUACUUCUGAAACCUGUUAAAACCACAAAGUCUUGGAUGUAUCCUACAGACACUCCAGAAUAUUCUGAAAUAGUCCUACACACUAAUCAUCUUGUCUGUAUUAUCAGAAGUGUUAUUUGUCAACUCCUGCUGGAAGCGGGGGAGUUUGAGGCCAGACGCAUAACAGUUUGUGAGACAGUUGUACAUGUUUCCCCAUCCAGAAUGUAGAUCACGAUUCAAACUGAGAACUAAAAAGCAUGCAGAAUUUUUCUAAGACUGACCAUAUAAAUCUGCCAAAAAAAUGUGAUAUUUUGCUGUCACCGUUAAACGUUCAGGUUAAUGUGGUCGGGAUGCUGAUCGACGCGUGCCGGUUUUCGAAGGGAAUAAUGGGGAAGAAUGGGCAGAAUGUACCUUUUGAAACCAAACAGGAGUUGUGGAAGUUAACAGUGCUUUUCGGUUUUAAUACACUUUCAUGCUCCUGGCCUCUGUUGCAUAGACCUGAGCCAAACAAACUCAAAGAAUUUCAGAAAAAAAUUCUAAUUAUUUCAGUGUAAAUAUUUUAGUUUUGAGUAGAUAAAGCCUGAUUUAUGUACAUGAUAGGUUUAGUGUGUACGGUUGUUUUGUAAGAAAAGAUACAAAAUAUUCCU